UCAUCUUCAUUUCAUAUCAAAACCAAAGAGCAAACAUACAGAGCUAAAGCCUCAAAGGUAAAAGCAUCUGGAUUUUUUAGCGAGAGAGAAUUAGUAGACUUUAAGAGGGGAUUUAAAGUUCGUGAGAGUCUGGGAGAUAUGGGAGUUUUGCAAAAACAAAAUGUUAGCAAUUCUGCUUUGCCAUUGUUAUCUCUAAACCAUGUAUCAUACCUUUGUAAGUCAGUUACCGAAUCAGCCAAGUUUUAUCAAGAAGUUCUUGGUUUUGUUCUCAUUAAAAGACCCUCUUCUCUCAAAUUUGAAGGAGCUUGGUUAUUCAACUAUGGAAUUGGGAUACAUCUUUUACACUGUAAUUCCAUUAAUGAUGUCCAACAAAUGCCAGUAAAAAUCAACCCCAAAGAUAAUCACAUUUCUUUCCAAUGUACAGACAUUGAACUUGUAAAGAAGAGACUACGGGAGAUGGGGAUGAAGUAUGAAACUGCCCUCGUCGAAGAAGGUGGUGUGUUCGUUGACCAGCUCUUCUUUCACGACCCUGAUGGUUAUAUGAUUGAAAUCUGCAACUGUGACAACAUUCCGAUUGUUCCACUAUCUGCAAGUGCAUGUCCCAUACUUAAUAAGCCCCGGUCCUACGUAGCUGCCAAGAAGAGUAAAGCACUUAAUGCUGUAGAGAUGGAGACGCGGAUGAUGGAAAGCUUGUUUGCCAACAUGAUUGAUAUUGCCAUGUAGAGAUCUCAAAUUAAAAUACCAUUUAAAGUUCUAAAUGUCUGAGCUUUCAUAAUACAAAUUUCAUUUUUGAACAAUUUUAGGGUUUGUUGAUAA